AUGACGGGUCUCAAUAUUCGAGCAGAAUUCUGCGGUCACCAGGAUUGUGAUUUGAAUGCUCUUCGUUUAAUGACGGGUAGUAUUAUUGAUGUUGAUGAGAUCCGGGAUUUUCAGGAAGUUGAAUGGACAAUAAUGUAUAAACACCACGAUCCAUUAAUUAGAUCAACUCAAGAAACUUGUACGUCAAAACCACCAUCAUCGUUUUCAGUCACUGACAUUCAAUAUCAACGAUCGAGAACGCACAGUUCACUUUCAAGUUUUCAAUUUGAAUGUCAACAAUUGCCAUUUUAUUCUGUUGUUAAACCAAAUAGUUUACUUGGUAAAGCAAUACAAACAUGUGGUACUCAUAAACAGCAAAGAGUGGUAUUACCUAAUGAAAUCCAAUUAGUUGGUCAAAGAAGUAAUAGCCAUUCAGACGAUAAAUGCUCUGUACUCAAUGAUCAGCCAUUAUUAAUUGAAACGGCAAAAUGGGAAAAUCAAAUAUCCGAUGGAAGCGAUCAUGAAGACGAAGAUGCACGUGUUACAUUUAGAGAUAUGAUUAGUGUGGCAAAACUAUCCGAAUGUUUGAAAGAACAGGGUAUUGAAACAAAUACUGAUAUUGAUUUUAUUCAUUCGCUGCUAAGUACGCUUCAACCAAUGACAAUAAAAUGUGUUGAAAAAUUAAAACAUAUGGAUGGCAGUAAUUAUUAUUUUCAACGUUUAGUGCUGAAUGAUCAUAUUUUGUUUCCAUCAGCGAUUAGUAAAUCAAUUGAUCACGCAAAAAUAUUAGCAUAUAAAAAUAUGAUCGAUACAUGUUGUUCGGAGACAGGUAUUAAAAUGAAAUCGUUAUCAAAUAAUCGAUGUAAGGUAACAAAACGUCCAUCGGAUGAUAAAAAACUUGAGCGUGAUCUCAACGCAUCCUACAUCACUUCACACGAUUUAACGUAUUUAUCACAGCAUAGAUAA